AUGGCCUCCGCCUUCCUCUCCCCGCAACCUAGCGACACCACCACCACCGAUCCCCUCCUCGUAACAGUCCGCUUCUCAGCUUCCAUCCCAGACCUCCACCUCGACGUCCCCGAACCGGAAUCUACCACAGGCGCAGGCCUGAAACAGCUCAUCCGCACCAAUCUACCACCCUCCCUCUCAGCGCACCGUCUCCGUCUCAUCUAUGCCGGCCGCGGGCUAGAAGAUACAGCCCCGUUAACUUUCUCGCUGAAGCUGCCCCUUUCGCCAAGUCGCAGCCCGCGCCUACCUAUCACAGAUGACGACGACGAUGAUGGUGAAGAAGACCACGAUGAUGGAUCUUCUACCGCAAAUGGAAAGGGCAAGGGGAAGGGCAAGCAGCCUGUGCGCGAUACACGACCUAGAUUGUAUAUCCACUGCUCGAUUGGGGAUAUCGCUCUGACGGACGCGGAUCUAGUCGCUGAGGCAGGCAUGGCUUCAACGCUGCUCCUACAGCAACGGAAGGAUGAAGGUUAUGAGAAGACUAGCUCGAAUCUUUUCAGAUCGCAAACCAAACAACCUCGGCAACAUCAACAACAACAUCCUGCUACUGCUACUGCUGCUGCAACCACUACGACAACGCCCGCCCCCCGCGGCUUCGACCGCCUCCUCGCCGCAGGCUUUACCCCCGCAGAGGUAACAGCCCUCCGCUCACAAUUCCUUGCCGUGCAGUCCGUCUCCCGUACGCCGGACACCAUGCCCUCCGGCGAAGAGCUGCGGGAUCUAGAGGACAGAUGGAUGGACGAAGGGUCGACGGCUGCGCAGGCGCAGGCGGGGGUGGUGGGCUUGACGGGGGUGGUGGGGGGAUUGGAGGGGAUGAUGAUGGGGGGCUUGGGUCUGGUUCGCGGGGCGCGAUGGACGAUAUGCUUUGGGGAGCGGUGA